ACCUCCCUCCCCCCCCACCCCACGAUCCUUCGCUAUUUCCCGCUACCUCGCAGAUAUCUGUUGUUUUGUCCGACUUUGCGCACUGCGAAGAAAGAGAAGAUGAUGACUUGCAAAAAUGUUCCGUACGGGCAUGAGCAGAUUCAAUCGCCGCAACACGGCACGGUGGUGCAGCUGCCUCGCUUGAAGAUUGCUGCGCAAAAGGAUGUCACGGGGCGGGACAGCCCCAGAAGAGACUCGUUGAGCUCAUCGACGGGCGACUCGGGAUAUAACAGUGACCCAGACACAGACCGGGACGGGGAUGCUCAGUUCUCACCAUUGGUGUUUGGAGGCCUGGAACAUGCAUUAUAUACUUCACUUGAUAUAACUUCGAGCCUACCUCUCUCACCCAAAAUCACCGGUUUCAUUGUUCCCAAACCAAAAGGGGAAAUACCUGUGUAUACAGCGAAAUCACCCUUGUUCAAGAGAAAUAAGAGCUUACAGAACCCACUUCCCCCACCCAAGAUUGAGGUCACUAGCUGUCCGACAUCUUCACCCAAUUGUGAGGUUCAGUCUGCAUUGAAGACUUCGGAUACUUCCAAGGGCGUUGCCCCCCCAUCCGUGCCUCCCGAUCAGCAUAAAGACGACGCCUCACGCCAGGAAAACAUCGAACAGUGGAUCGACCUCAACCUCCAAGCACGUCCCAAAGAACGAAACCCUUCCAUUGUCUCCUUUUCAUCGUCAGGCAGUUGCGAUAUGUAUUCGUCAAACAACAACAGUGAAGACGAGGACACUGGUCCAUCAAACUCGCUUGCAGCUGCGCGCGGCAGCAAGCUCUCGAAAGCUACACUCAAAACCAUUGAGCUAAUCCUUCGCAAGAUCGAACUCAAUCUAAACUAUGCCGCCUACAUCCAAUGCCUCGAAGGCCCCCACAUACGGCAACGCCCGGGAACCACCUCGCGAAGUACUUCCAGGGGGAACACCAAUCGUAGCCACGCCAAUAAUGCGAGCAAACGCAAAUCUCGUCCCUCAGAUGAUCUGCUGCCUCAACCCCCAGACGACCCUAGCGAUGACGACGAGAACAAUCCUAAUAAGCGUCGCCGCAUCUCUGUUGCCACCACAGCCUCCGACUCCGACUCCGGUCCGCGCUUUGCCUGCCCUUUCUACAAGCAUGACCCCGUGCGGUUUCGCACCCGCCGCACAUGUCCCGGUCCGGGUUGGACCACCGUACAUCGCAUGAAAGAGCAUCUGUACCGCGCUCACGGGCAGCCCGUCUAUUGCCCGAGAUGCUUCACCACCUUCUCCUCCUCUACCGAUUUAUCGAGCCAUUUGAGGGCCGACUCGUGUCCGGUUUCUGAACCACUGCCGAUUGAGGGCAUCGAUCUCGAGACACAAAACACUCUGAAGAAGAGAAGUGUGGCGAACAGAUUGGAAGAGGAUAAGUGGAGGGAUGCGUAUAUGUUGUUGUUUCCGGAUGUUGAUGUGGAUGAUAUACCAUCGCCAUACUACACAACCCAUUCCCCAACAGAAGAUUCCCGCCGCUUCCGCCGCAUGCUCAUGGACCGCGUUCGCACGGAGCUCCUCGCGACCGCCGAGCGCGGACCAAACACUCUCGUCGAGCAGCGCGUCCUACGACAAGUCGCCUCUAUCAUACAAAACUGCGAAUCCGAACUACUAUCUUCAUUCCAAUCUUCAUCCGCCAACCCCUCAAUCUCGACGCCUUCAUUCUCUAUGGGACCAGGACAGAACAGUUCGUCUUCAAGACGAACAUCACAUACCGGACUCCCCACGUCGGUUUCUGAAGAAUUCACACCCGCCGCGCUGUCGCAAGCGCGAAGACCCAUCUUCCGUUCACCAUUCGAUGCCCCCUCCUCUGCACCCACGCAGCCUCCUCCAAACCAACAGAUCGCAAAUUCCCAACCACAAUCCUCGCAGCCAAUGAGCCCAGGAACCUUCUCUCAGCCUCAGCCUCACCCUCCUCCUCCAUCGUCCUUUCCACCCUCCAACAUCCCGUCCGUCGGCGGACCCUUCGUCCUCGACCCCGAGGGUCCCGGGGCUCCCCCUCCCACCGGUCUUGUCGAGGGCUGGGAAUUCUCAAGCUCGAUCGACUGGGACACGGUCUUCGCGCCUGGCGUGGACUUUUCGCUCGAAGAGUCGCAGUAUGGGCAGAUGCAUGGAAAUCGCGAUGGAGUAGGGGAUAGAGAGGUCGUUGUUUGGACGUGA